AUGAAAGGGGGCAGCGCCGGGCACCGCCCUGACCCACGGAGCUCCCACGGGGGCACCGCUGCCCCCUUGCAUCAGCUAGAGACGCCUGUCUGGGGCCGGUUCCCCCCCCGUGAGCUCUUCCUUUCAGACAUGGGGACGCUGCCCGGAUGCCUGGGUCCCUUCCUUGUCACUCUCCUGCUCGGAUCCCCCAGUCCAGUGGCCUCCGCCAACGUCCGCUCCUGCCCGUGCACCCAAGGGUGCUGCCCCGCCGGCUGGUACCAGUACCGUGACUCCUGCUACUACCCGGUGACGGCCACCAAAGGCUGGUGGAAAGCCGAGGCGGACUGCAAGGACCUGGCGGAAGGCGCCCACCUGGCAUCCGUGCACAGCGCCGAGGAGAACAACUUCAUCUAUCACCUCAUGGGCACCCCCCGCGACUACGAGAAAAAGGAAGCCUAUUGGCUGGGGGGGCGCCGCGACGCCCAGGGCCAGACGGAGGGCGAGGGCUCCUGGCGCUGGACGGACGGCUCGGCCUGGCACUAUCACAACUUCGGGAACGGCAAGCCGGACAGGGCCACCGCGGAGGCCUUCGUGGCCACCUGGAAGUUUGAUCAAGAUGCAAUCACUUGGGAUAACUACGACGCCUCCCUGGAGUUCAUGUCCGUCUGCAAGCGCUCGCUGGACUGACGGGCUCGGAGGGAGGCUGAGGUGCCCGCCUGGCUCAGCUGUGCCCUGGCCACUUGGGUGAC